AUGUCGACGGAGAGCAAUAAUAAAUUCGACAGUGACACUCGCGGUUUACCACCGCCUUCGAUUCUUGCAUUACUCGAUCAAGAUACCCAAUCAUUAUUUGCAUUAAUUAAAAUAUUACUCAAAGUCUAUCCGGUGCUUAUAUUUAUAUUGGGUUCAUUUGGAAAUUUACUUUCAUUUUGUGUUUUAAUUCGUUCAGCUAUGAGACGUUAUUCAACAUUUUGUUAUUUAGCUUGUCUUGCUCUUGUUGAUCUUGGAGUUAUAAUAACAUUUUGUGUCAAUUUUAUAUCUCUAUAUCAUUUUGAUCAUGAUAUACAAGAUGGACCAUUGCAAUGUAAAUUAUUUGCAUUUUGUACUUAUUUUCUUCCACAAUAUUCAUCAUGGAUAUUAGUUGCUGUUAGUAUUGAUCGUGUUAUAUCAGCUAAAUAUCUUCGUUUAGCUAAAACAUGGACGAAACCAAAACAUUCAGUAUUAGUAACAUUUAUCCUUGGAUUAUUUUUGGCUAUUCUUAAUAGUCAUUUUUUUCUAUAUGAAAAUAAUUCGAUGAAACAACGAAAUCAACACGAAACAGCUAUUCCUAAUGAACAACAACGAAUAUUUAAUAAUAAUACUGACUUUGAAAGUUAUUCAUCAUCAAAUGGAUUUGAUCCUUCUCAUGGACAGUAUGGAUUUUUUAAUAUUCUUUCAGGGUCAGGAGGAGAUCUAGGAGCAAGUGAUUCAUCAUUAUCAUAUGAACCGUAUACAUCAGUACCAAUUGAAUCUAUUAGUCGAGAUACAACUUUACAAGAUAAAGUUAAUAAUUUCAAAAAUACAAAACAAAAGUCAGAACCAUUUUUUGAUGUUAAUGUUAUACAUUGUUCACUUGAAAAUUCAAUUGAACAUGAAAAACUUUAUCGUUAUUGGGUUUGGAUUGAUCUUGCUAUGAAUGUAUUUAUACCAUUUACAGCAAUGAUUGCUUGUACAAUAAUAAUUAUUUUAACACUUGUUCGUUCAUCAUCUCGAGCUGGUUCAACAUCAGCUCGUCGUUCACGUCGUCGUCGUAAUAUAUCUGUGAUGUUAAUCACUGUCAAUCUUGUUUUUAUUAGUUUAACAGCUCCAAUCGUUAUAUUUUUAAGUAUAUAUGAAUAUGUUAAAGAUGACAAUAAUUAUUAUCGACAUACCAUAUUAGUAUUAAUUAAAAUUUUUUGUAUUAUUUUAAUGAAUCUUAAUCAUUCAGUUAAUAUCGUUAUUUAUUCAGUUACAGCAAGAGAAUUUCGUUCUGAAAUGGCUAACUUUUUACAUGCAUUACUAUAUUGUAUUAUUGGAAAACCAACAACUUCAGCCGGUCUUGCAUAUAUACAUGAUGAUGGAACAUUAUUAUCACGUAUAAGACGUUUUAGACAUGAUGUAUUUAAAUGUUGUCGAAUGAAAAUACAUUCAAAUUCAACUAAUACAACUGAUUCAAGUGGUUUACAACAUACAACAAUACCUCCAGGAACGACUAAUACUCGUUUUUCAAAUAGUAAUAAAAAAAUAAAUAAAUGUAAACGUUUAGAACGAAAUGGAAAUCGAAAAUGUUCAAUUGUACCUAAUAGUGAACCAUUAAUACAUAAAAAUAAUCAUCGUCUUACUGUACAAUUACAAGCUGAUGCAUCAUCAUCUGUAUAUGAACGUGAAGAUAUUUCAAUCCAUGGUUUAUCUGUAUCAACUGAAGAUUAA